GUUGCAACAGCAUGGGUGCCCUGGAGAUGCACCAGCGCCUGGAGCAGCUGAAGAGGAGCAUUCACCGCGUGCACCUCUACUCUCAGGAUGCCAAGAAGAAGAGAAGAAAGCCAAAGCCGAAGAAACCAGAACCCGUCCUCUUGCAAGACCACUCAACUUCCCCAUGCCUGCCACCAGCCCUGCUGCCACCUCCACCGCUGCCGUCACCUGCCACCACCAUGGCCUCCGUGGUGGCCCCAUCACCCCCUGUCUACACCAUGCCUCGGGUCUUUGGCCCCUUUCCUCCGCUGCCCAGCAAGUCGAUGGAGAACUUGGAGGUUGCAAGGUCAGAAGUGAAAUUGAACUGGCCUGGCCUGUCAUCGAACCCAAAGAGACACAUGGUUGAUCUGACCCCCUUGGUCCUCAACCCCGGAGGCUUCCAUUUCUCGUACCUGGCUGGAAACAGUGCACACAAGCUCCGUUGCCCUGGCUUCCCCUGGACCUCGGCUUGUAGUGGUCCCCCCAAUGCUGAGGAGACACCACUCCCUCCUGUGAAGGCCUCCAUCUUCAACCCGCCUGUCUUGCUCAAGUUCCAGCCUGUGCCAAGACCCAAAGAUGACUCUGAGAACGACCCUAGCAGCACAGAGCCUGAGCCCCACAAGAGGGGCCCAUAACCUCUCCCUUAC